AUGGAGGAUGCCGCCAAGCAAUUCCUGGCGCAUCACGCGCGCAAGGUGGGGUCAUCGCAGCCGGAACGCCGGGAGAAGAAAGUGGAGGAGAUCCAGGGCUAUUCCCAGGGCUAUCAGCCACAACUACCUCAGCAACCGCAGCUGCCUCAGCAAACGCAGCUGCCUCAGCGGCCGCAGCCCUUCGCGCCCGACGCGGCCUUUGCGCGGCCAAGUAGAAGCAAGGGCGUGGAGCUUGCGAGCGCGGUGAUGUGCCCUAUGCGGCAGGGCAGCACGGUGAGCGAGGAGUACGUCUUCGAGGGCGGAAAGCUGGGCGAGGGCAGCUUCGGGCAGGUCUGCGUCGUAACGCAGAAGCUCACGGGCCAGAAGCGCGCUUGCAAGCGUGUGGCGAUCCAGAGCGAGACGGAUCGCCGGCUGGUGGACACCGAAGUGCAGCUCCUGAAGCGCCUGGACCACGGCAACAUUAUGCGCCUCUCCGAGUGCUUUGUGGAUGGCACUUGCCUCUUCCUGAUCUCGGAGCUCUGCGAGGGCGGCACCCUGCUGCAGGGCUUCGCCCGCCAUGGCUCCGAGCGUGCGGCAGCUGUGGCGAUUCGGCAGGUCCUCAGCGCGACAGCGUAUUGCCACGGUCGCGGCGUCAUUCAUCGGGACUUGAAGCCGGACAACGUCCUCUACGCCAGCAAGGCGCCGAACAGCGCAGUGAAGGUCAUCGACUUUGGCCUUGCCGACUUCUUGCAGCGCUUGCGGACUGCCGCUGGUGGCCAGCCGAUGGAGCGAGCUGGGACGCUGGCCUUCAUGGCCCCGGAAAUGCUGACCGCCGUGGGCGAUGGCUCCUAUGGCGAGAAGGUGGAUGUUUGGGCAAUCGGCUGCAUCUUGUACCUCCUCAUCACAGGCCAGCAUCCCUUUUGGCCUGGCCGGGGAACCAGUGACCAGCAGGUGAUGCAGCUAAUCAGGAAUGCCCAGUUGCCUCCACACCGCAACUUUGCGGCAGCUCCUCCGGGGGCGCGCGAGCUGACCAUGCACCUGAUGGCCAAGGACCCCCUGCGGCGCCUGGGCGCGGCGGAGGCGCUGCGGCAUCCCUGGUUGCAAGCAGAACAAGCUAGCGGAGAGCAGGUUUUGGACAAGACGGUCUUCGAUGGUCUAUGCAAGUACCAGGCCUCCAGCAAGCUGAAGCGCGCGGUCCUGAAGCUCCUGGCGAAGGAGGCGGAUGAAGAGCGGGUGAAGAAGCUGCGAGAACAGUUCGCAGCGCUGGAUGCGAAGCAGGAUGGCUAUCUUACAAGAGAUGACCUCCUGAACGGCAUGCGCCAGUGCCCUGAGUUCGGGGCAGUCACGUCGCUGGACUUGGCGCGGCUGUUGCCGCUGGAGCUCUUCGGGGAGAGGAUUUCCUGUACGGACUUCACGGCAGCGCUGCUGGCGCGCCAGGGCUUCGGCAAGGCUGAGCUGCUGGCGGCCUUCCGGCGCUUCGACGUGCGCCGGGAAGGCAAGAUCUCCCUGGCCGCGCUGUCCGAGAUCCUCAAGAACGCUGGGCCAGCAAGCAAGCUGGAAGCCUUCCGAGAGGCAGACAUCGGACAGGACGGCGCGAUUGAUUUCGAUGAGUUCUGCGCCCUGAUCAACGCCUAA